CACACUUUAAGCGGUGUCUCAGCUGGCUUGCAAACGACAAAUGUUUGGAAAUGCUUUUCUUCUAAAUAUUAACAAUUGCUAUUAAUAACAUGUCCAUAUCGGAACAACAUCGCUCAGGAUUGCGCGAUCUAUUGUGUAAUGAAACAAAUAUACCCGUGCUUCUGCAACUGGCAAGGAGUGUAACAAAAAAUGUAUGCAGCAUAGAUGAGCCCGAAGAGGCUUUAGGUUACGUUAUAACACAGGUCGGAGACAUACACAAACUUCUACAUAAGCGGCAUAUCACAAGAGAUCUGUUAUUUAGAUACCUGAAUUCACGUUUACCUGGCACCUCAACAGACUUCACAAAAGCCGAUUUGGUUAUGAAAAUAAUCCAGUAUUGGGACAAACAGUUAAAUAGGGAAGUUUCAAAAGCUCCGGACUCCACUCAUGCGGACACACCCUUAGUGCAGAUAGCUAACGUACAGGACUACCCAAUACAUCUGAUGGCACGCAAAUUUGUUGAAUGGUUCUUCAACAAGUAUAAUUGUGAUAGUUUAAUUCUGUCCGAUCUCUGGAGCGAUGCAGCUCUGGAGAUGAAAGUCAUUGCGGAUGAUGGAGCCAGCGAAUUUAAAUGUUGCAGCGCUGAGCAGGUGCUCGAAUGCUUAGUCAAGGCUAAGCAAACAUUUGGCCUCUACUUCAAUCCUAACUUAUCGCAUUCUGGUGUACAAGGACGCAUCGAUCCCUAUGGCCAAGUUAUCGUGCUCUGCUGUGGCACACUGCACUCAGCCGAACGCUCUGUGGGCGUAUUCGACUGCUCUAUUGCAUCAUCUUCACCCGAAAUAGUCUCUAAACAGACUUCAAGCAAAAGCAACAAAUUCAAUCCAUUAUUUACUUUACCUGUGGCUCGUUCGCAAGAGGAAUCCUCGCCCCUCCUGGUAUACCUGUCGAAUUAG